CCUUCUAAUAUAUGCAGGAACGUCCCGGACGGCGUUCCCCGGGACCUCCCCCCAAGCGGACCAGGCUUUGAUGGACAGGCCGCUGUUUCUAGACUCGUCUCGGCCGAGCAACGACACAUCUGGCGUCACGACGAGCUCCAGAAAGUUCUCUCACAGUCUGACAUAUAUAAAGACCCAGCCGUCUUCCUCAGAGGCACUAUUCAAGCAGGACGUUUACCGGGACUUACGACAACGGUAAAAAGCACGACGUUUACCGGGACUUACGACAACGUUACUACAGAUCCUGCCACGAAGAUGGUUAAAGAGACCGGUUUCUAUGACACGUUAGGUGUGAACCCUAAAGCCACACCAGACGAGAUUAAAAAAGCAUACCGAAAACUGGCACUGAAAUACCACCCGGACAAGAACCCGAAUGAAGGAGAGAAGUUCAAGCUGAUAUCUCAGGCCUAUGAGGUUCUGUCAGAGCCCAAGAAGAGGGACCUCUACGACCAGGGUGGAGAGCAGGCUAUCAAGGAUGGGGGCAUGGGGGGAGGAGGUUCGCCUAUGGACAUAUUCAACAUGUUCUUUGGAGGCGGCGGCCGAAUGCCUCAGAGGGAUAGGAGAGGUAAGAACGUGGUCCAUCAGCUCACUGUGACUCUGGAGGAGAUGUACAAUGGAACCAAGAGGAAAUUGGCCCUGCAGAAAAACGUAAUCUGUGGAAAAUGUGAAGGCUACGGCGGUAAGAAGGGUGCCUUGCAGACGUGUGGUUCUUGUAAAGGCAGAGGAGUGGAGAUCAAGGUGCAGCAGAUCGGGCCAGGAAUGAUACAGCAGAUCCAGACCAUGUGUGCAGAGUGCCAGGGAGAGGGAGAACGCUUCAACUCUAAAGACCGAUGCAAGACCUGCAACGGACACAAAGUAGAACGCAAGAAGAAGAUUCUCGAGGUUCACAUUGACAAAGGUAUGAAAGGGGGUCAGAAGAUACCAUUCCACGGGGAGGGCGACCAGGAGCCUGGUCUGGAACCAGGCGACGUGGUGAUCGUGCUGGACCAGCAGGACCACCCAGUGUACCAGAGGCAGGAGGACGACCUGCACAUGAAGAUGAACAUCAAACUGGUUGAGGCCCUCUGUGGCUUCAAGAAGACCAUCCGUACGCUAGAUGGCCGGGUGCUCAUCAUCACCUCUCCACCAGGUAAAGUAGUGAAGGCCAACGAUGUGAGGUGUGUCCAUAAUGAAGGCAUGCCCAUCCACAAAGACCCUUACGACAGAGGGCAGCUCAUUAUUCAAUUCCAGGUGGAGUUCCCAGAUAAACACUGGCUGCCAGAGCACCUGCUCCCCCGGCUGGAGGCCCUCCUCCCCCCCAGAGACGAGCUGCUGGUCUCAGACGACAUGGAGGAGGUAGACCUGAAGGAGAUGGAUCACAGCUACUCUCAACAGAGGAGCAGUGGAGGAGGGAAGCCAAGCUUUGAGGAUAUUGACGAUGAUGAGGGGGGAGGCCAUGGCGUGCAGUGCCAGCAGCAGUAGAAUAUAGAAACUCAUGAUGCAUUGAAUGUAGAGUUUGUCCAAUUCUUCUGUUUUUACAAUCUAUGUAUAGAAAAUCACGUCGAACUCAGUUCCUGAAGGACUGGGUUUGACAAAAAGCCUUAUUCAUUAGAGUUCAAAGUCCACUGUUAUCAAGCGCUGCACUGACAUGCCUACUUUCAGAGCAAUGUGAUGUUUUAGGCCGUACAUCCGAGCCAUAUCAGCAGCUGUUUUCCUCCAGAUACUAUUCAACACGUCUGUUUACCUUUUAUACUGAGGGUUAGGAGAAUUAGGUUCACCUACGUUAGGGAAAGGGUUGGCUACAAAGAUGUUGUCCUCGACAUGACCACUAGCUGGAGGUGUGGACCUACUCCCAUCUUGCCACAAUGGUAGAGUGAUGCUCUGUUUACAUUUCUAUCUAACAUUACACUGUUUUUCUCCAUGUGUGUGUGUUUUAUUUCAUAUGGAUCUGUUCAUGAGCGAUAUACUAGGAGGCACAGAAAACAGACCUGUUGCAUUUCAACUAUAGACUUGGGUCCAUAACUCACCAGAGGAACCUGUAUGCUUUCUAUGAAGGUCAAGUUACCUUCUCACCCACUCUUGAAAUGGAUUGAUUAUUUCACAAAUAAAACCUCUCAAGAAUG